CAUCAUUAGACUACCGAAGGAGGGGCCGUUCGAAUGACGGUCCCGCGGAGGGGAGGGUACGAGAGGCGGGUCCAAAGCCUUCCCCGCUUCUCGGCGCUGGCGAGUCCGGGACUAGGGCUGGAGAGAUCGCCGGGGAGCAUCGUCACCACUCCUGCACGGAGCCUCGCCUGGCCGAAUACUGCACAGUGCACACGUCGGGAUUGCAAAACAUUCCUGAGAAAUAUACCUGCUAUUUAUGGCAUGUGGCUGGUAACUUUACUCCUGCUGUAUUCUUUUCAAGAAGUGCACAGCGAGGAUGUGGUCUCGACGCGGCUGUACUUUGUGAAUGCUUCCCUGCAGAGAGUGACCUUCUCCAGCUCAGUGGGGGUGUCCCUGCCCUGUCCUGCGGGUGGCGCCCCCCAUGCCGUCCUCCGUUGGUACCUGGCCACCGGCGACGACAUCUACGAUGUACCUCACAUACGUCACGUUCACGCCAACGGCACGCUGCAGCUCUACCCCUUCUCCCCCUCUGCCUUCAACAGCUUCAUUCAUGACAAUGACUACUUCUGCACUGCUGAGAACCAGGCCGGCAAGAUCCGCAGCCCCAGCAUCCAUGUCAAAGCAGUGUUCAGGGAACCCUACACCGUUCGCGUGGCGGACCAGAGGUCAAUGCGGGGCAACGUGGCCGUCUUCAAGUGCCUCAUCCCCUCUGCUGUGCAGGAGUACGUCAGUGUGGUGUCCUGGGAGAAGGACACUGUCUCCAUCGUCCCAGGUAACAGGUUCUUCCUGACGUCAUUUGGUGCCCUCUACAUAUCUGACGUUCAGAAAGAGGACGCUCUCUCCACCUACCGCUGCAUUACCAAGCACAAAUACAGCGGAGAAACCAGGCAGAGCAACGGGGCUCGUCUGUCUGUCCUAGACCCCACUGAAUCUACGCCCUCUGUGAUGGACAGUUUCCAGUCAGGGGAGGUGCAGGUGGGCCGCAGCAUCGAGUUGCCCUGCAUCGCCUCCGGUUACCCCAACCCAACCAUUCGCUGGCUGAAAGACGGGAGACCACUGCCCGCUGACUCCCGCUGGACGCGGCGUCUGACCGGGCUCACAAUCAGCGACCUCCGCCUGGAAGACUCCGGAAACUACAUCUGUGAAGUAACCAACAGCUUCGGCUCCAAAGAGGUCACGGGACACCUUAACGUCAUUGAGCCUCUUCGAGUCACGCUGUCUCCCAAGAACCUGAAGACGGGCAUUAGCAGCACAGUGAUUCUGUCCUGUGCCGUGCAGGGCUCGCCCCACUUCACUGUUUCCUGGUUCCGCAACACAGAACCCAUUGUGCCUGACCAGCACUUCUCCAUCCAGGGAAUCCACAACGAGACACUCUUCAUCACAGCGGCCCAGAAGAGACACUCAGGGGCGUAUCAGUGUUUUGCCACCCGCAAGGGUCAGACCGCCCAAGACUUCUCCAUCAUACUGUUGGAGGACGGCACCCCACGGAUCGUCUCGUCCUUCAGUGAGCGAGUGGUAGCUCCCGGCGAGCCCUUCUCUCUCAUGUGCGCGGCCAAAGGUGCUCCUCCCCCCACCAUCACCUGGACGCUAGACGAUGAGCCGGUAGCGCGGGACUCGGCGCACCGGGCCAGCCAGUACACGCUCUCCGACGGCUCCACUGUCUCGCACGUCAACGUCACCAACCCGCAGAUCCGCGACGGGGGCGUGUACCGCUGCGCCGCACGCAACUCGGCCGGUAGCGCCGAGUACCAAGCGCGCAUAAACGUAAGAGGUCCUCCCAGUAUCCGGGCUAUGAGGAACAUCACAGCCGUGGCCGGUCGUAACACCUUUAUUAACUGCCGUGUGAUCGGCUAUCCAUAUUACUCUAUCAAGUGGUAUAAAGACGGGAUGUUGUUGCCAGACAACCAUCGUCAGGUCGUGUACGAAAACGGCACUUUGAAGCUGAGCGAUGUGCAGAAGGGUAUGGAUGAGGGGGCGUAUCUGUGCAGCGUGCUCAUCCAACCACAGCUGUCCAUCAGCCAAACCGUCUACGUCACUGUUAAAGUUCCUCCGCUCAUCCAGCCCUUCGACUUCCCGCCCACCUCCAUCGGCAAGCUGAUGUACAUAGCGUGCGUGGUGUCAUCCGGAGACAUGCCCAUCCGCAUCACCUGGCGAAAGGACGGGCAGGAGAUCGUGUCGGGGACGUCCGGGGUCACCAUCGAGACCAAGGAAUUCAUGAGCUCCCUACAGAUAUCCAAAGUAUCACUCAAGCACAACGGAAACUACACUUGCAUCGCCAGCAAUGACGCCGCCACUGUCAGUUCAGAGAGACAGCUCAUAGUAACAGUUCCUCCUCGUUUUCGGGUCCAACCCAAUAAUCAGGAUGGGAUCUACGGAAAGUCUGAGGUUCUCAACUGUUCUGUGGAAGGCUACCCCCCACCCAAAGUCGUCUGGAAGCACGCCAAAGGUAUUGGGAACCCCCAGCAGUACCACCCGGUGCCCCUUACGGGCCGCAUCCAGAUUCUGUCCAACGGUUCUCUGUUGAUUCGUCACGUGCUGGAGGAGGAUCGGGGGUAUUACCUGUGUCAGGCCAGCAAUGGAGUGGGCUCUGACAUCAGCAAAAGCAUGAUGCUGACCGUAAAAAUUCCAGCCAUGAUCACGUCCCACCCCAACACCACCAUGGCUAUAAAGGGUCAAAACAAGGAGUUAAACUGUACCGCCCGGGGCGAGUAUCCCAUCAUCAUCCGCUGGGAGCGGGGCGACACCGUCAUCGACCCAGACCGCAACCCACGCUACUCCAUCACCACCAGCCCCAAUGAGAAGAGCGAUGAAGUCAUCUCCACACUGAAGCUAAAGCCAGCUGAACGCGGGGACUCUGUCUUUUUCUCCUGCCACGCCAUCAACUCGUACGGCGAGGGCCGCGGGCUCAUCCAGUUGACUGUGCAAGAACCCCCUGAUCCCCCGGAGCUGGAGGUUCGAGAGGUCAAAGAUCGCAGCAUGAACCUGAGGUGGACGCAGCGGUUCGACGGCAACAGCAUCAUCACCAGCUACGACAUCGAGUACAAGAAUAAAUCUGACCCGUGGGAGCUCAAACACGCCACCCGCAAGAUCUCGCCCACCAACAAUCAGGCCAACAUUGUUGAGCUUCACCCGGCGUCCGUGUACAGCAUCCGCAUGUACUCCUACAACAAGAUUGGCAGGAGCCAAGCCAGCAAAGAGCUGACCAUCAGCACAGAGGAAGCACCUCCUGAUGGGCCACCCAUGGAUGUGAUCCUACAGCCAAUGACCUCUCAGAGCAUCCGUGUUACUUGGAAGGCACCUAAGAAGGAGCUUCAGAACGGAGUGAUCCGUGGCUAUCAGAUCGGUUACAGGGAGAACGGGCCAGGCAGUAAUGGUCAGUACAGCAUAGUGGAGAUGAAAGCCACGGGAGACAGCGAAGUUUACACCCUGGAUAACUUAAAGAAGUUUGCUCAGUAUGGAGUGGUGGUCCAGGCGUUCAACCGGGCCGGAACGGGACCCUCGAGUUCAGAGAUCAACGCCACUACCCUUGAAGAUGUUCCCAGCCAGCCGCCACAGAACGUGCGGGCCAUCACGGUGACUUCAGACGAGGCGGUGAUAACGUGGUCCGAGCCCCCGCGAAUGACCCUGAAUGGGGUACUGAAGGGCUACCGUGUGGUGUUCUGGUCCCUCUACCCCGAUGGAGGUGGGUGCUGUGGGGGCCAGACACUGGGGUUCAACCAGAAAUGGGGCGAGAUGCAGAACAUCACCACCACUCGUGAGCAGGUGGAGCUGAAGGGUCUGGAGAAGUUCACCAACUACAGCAUUCAGGUUCUGGCCUACACACAGGCGGGAGACGGUGUCCGUAGUAAUGUCCUGUACUUACAGACGCGAGAAGACCAUCCCGGCCCUCCAGCGGGCAUCAAAGCGGUGCCAUCCUCUGCCAGCAGUGUGGUGGUAUCCUGGCUCCCCCCUAUCAAACCCAAUGGUAUCAUCCGCAAAUACACAAUCUACUGCUCCAGCCCUGGAUCAAGCCAACCGGCACCAAGCGAAUAUGAAGCCAACCCUGAGCUGCUGAUAUACCGCAUCACCCACCUGACCCGGGGUCAGCAGUACCUCAUCUGGGCGGCUGCCGUCACCACUGCCGGAAGAGGAAACAUCAGCGAGAAGGUCACUGUGGAGCCUGCUGGUAAAGCUCCUGCUAAAAUCCUGUCCUUCGGUGGGACGGUGACCACUCCAUGGAUGAAAGAAGUCCGGCUGCCGUGCAGCUCGGUGGGAGAACCGACACCCACCAUCAAAUGGACCAAAGACAGUGAGGACACUGCCAUCCCGGUCACUCAGGACGGUCACCGUAAUAUUCUUUCCAAUGGUACCCUGGUGUUGCGCUCUGUCAAAGCAGAGGAUUCUGGGUACUACACCUGCACGGCCACAAACACGCUGGGAUUUGACACCAUCAUUGUGAACCUGCUGGUGCAAGUGCCUCCAGAUCAACCUCGCUUGACGGUCUCCACCACCUCAACAUCUUCUAUCACUCUGGCCUGGAUACCAGGAGACAACGGAGGAAGCUCCAUCAGAGGUUUCGUGCUGCAGUAUUCAGUAGAUAACACUGAGGAAUGGAAAGAUGUCUUCAUCAGCUCCAGCGAGCGAUCCUUUAAGUUAGACAACCUGAGGUGUGGUACCUGGUACAAAGUCAAACUGGCAGCCAAAAACAGCGUGGGAGCUGGCCGCAUUAGUGAGAUCAUUGAAGCCAAGACUCACGGCAGAGAGCCGCAGUUCAAUAAAGACCAGCCUAUUUUCACUCACAUCAACUCCACCCACGCCCGCCUCAACCUGCAGGGCUGGACGAGCGGUGGCUGUCCCAUCACUGCCGUCCUGCUCGAUUUUCGUCCCAAAGGCACCUGGGCCUGGCAGAGCGUGCGCACCAAUGCUUCGGCCGACAUCUUCCUUGCCGAGCUGCGGGAGGCCACCUGGUACGAGCUAAAGAUGAAGGCGUGCAACAGCGCUGGCUGCGGCAACCAGAGCUCCCAGUUUGCCACCCUGGAUUACGACGGCAGCACUAUUCCUCCCAUUAAGUCAGCGAGAGGGGAAGGAGACGAUGUUAAAAAGCUUUUCUCUAUUGGUUGCCCUGUCAUUCUGGUCACUCUUGGCAUGGCUUUACUCUUCAUCAUCCGCAGGAAACGUAAGGAAAAGAGACUCAAACGAUUAAGAGAUGCUAAGAGCUUGGCUGAGAUGCUUAUCAGCAGUAAGAACAAUCGAAGUUUUGACACCCCAGUGAAAGGCCCACCUCAGGGACCCCGGCUGCAUAUAGAUAUCCCCCGCGUGCAACUGCUCAUCGAGGACAAAGAGGGAAUCAAACAGAUAGGUGAAGACAAAGCCACCAUUCCUGUGACAGACACUGAGUUCAGCCAAUCAGUGAACCCACAGAGCUUCUGCACGGGCGUGUCAGUGCAUCACCCCGCCCUUAUUCAAAACACCGGCCCUCUGAUUGACAUGUCAGACAUCAGACCAGGAACCAAUCCAGUUUCAAGAAAGAGUGUGAAGUCCGCACACAGCACAAGAAACCGGUACUCCAGUCAGUGGACUCUGACCAAAUGCCAGGCGUCCACACCGGCUCGUACUCUCACCUCAGAUUGGCGGACUGUGGGCUCUCAGCAUGGCAUAACGGUUACUGAGAGUGACAGCUACAGCGCCAGCCUGUCACAGGACACAGACAAAGGACGUAACAGCAUGGUGUCCACCGAGAGCGCGUCUUCCACGUAUGAGGAGUUGGCCCGAGCGUACGAGCACGCUAAGCUCGAGGAGCACCUGCAGCACGCCAAGUUCGAGAUCACCGAGUGCUUCAUCUCAGACAGCUCAUCUGAUCAGAUGACCACCGGCACCAACGACAACGCCGACAGCAUGACCUCCAUGAGCACGCCGUCUGAACCGGGCAUCUGCCGCUUUACUGCCUCCCCGCCUAAACCGCAGGACUAUGACCGCGGCAAGAACGUGGCAGUGCCCAUUCCACACCGCGCCAACAAGAGUGAGUACUGUAACCUCCCCCUGUACAUGAAGACGGACCCUUUCUUCCGGAAGCAGGCCGAGCUGCACGACCCCUGCCCUGUUGUUCCGCCCCGUGAGGCUUCCAUCAGGAGCCUGGCCGCCCGGGCCUACCACACGCAGGGCCGCCACAUGACAUUGGACCCCUCCAAGCAGCAGGCCCUAACGCUGGGCCACGGCGGCCUGAGCAGCCUGACCAGCUCCGGAGCCUCCGGUACAUCAGGCCCGGCCUCGAGCGGGGCCGCUGGGAGCUCCAGCAUCUGCUCAGGCACGGCCACCUUGCCCCAGAGGACUCUUACUAUGCCCAGCACCUCCUCCACCUCCUUGGUCCCUAGCGGGGCGGCCACCGCAGGUGCGGCAGCAAGCGGGUGCUCGGCGGGGGGCGGCGGUUCCAAGGUCGGAGGAUCCAGGGACUCUCUGCUAGAGAGCAGCUCAUCCGGCCUGGGCAGACUACAAAAGCAGAAUGCUGGGGCGUACUCCAAAUCCUACACGCUGGUGUAGCUCACACACAUGUACACAUACAGUACGUUCACACGCACCUGGAGUCUGUCCGGCGCCGGACAGGGGCGUAACUGAGCAUUGGCGGGACUUUUACAGCACAGGGGUCUCUCUCUCUCUCUCUCUCUCUCUCUCUCUCUCUCUCCGUUUCUCUAUUCCUGUUUGACACAUUUUUCUCAAGGCUUUGUUCACACUGCACACAAAUCCGAUUUUGUUUUGCAAAGCUGAAUCGACUGCGAUGUGCAGUCAAUAUCUGUCAAAAUCUCGCGUUCGCAUGCUACCAGAAGACUAGCUGUUAACACCGAAUUUUUUUUUUUUACUUUAAACUCACAAGGUGCAUGGGAAAACAUCUGCUCUUAAUCUGAUUUCAAGUGGUUUGGAACAGGUUUGUAAACAUCAGAUUUUUGUUUUGCAAUUCAAUUGCAAAAAAAAAAAAUGAAUUUGUGUUGCCCAUCUGAACAAAGCCAAAUCUGCCUUUCUUUUUAGAUCUUUCUUGUUCGCUCACUUUCCUGCCUUCUUCCUGGAUUAAAUAUGCCAAACCACGGGACCCUUUCCCUCACUUUGCCUUCUUUUCUCUCUUCAAUUUGUUUUUGGUUUCGUACUCUCUCUCUCUCUCCCGUUCUACUUCUCUUACUGUCAAAGACACCUUGGACCUUAUGCACGAAACGCUUUCCAUGUGCACUUGUUCAUUUGAUUUCUUGACAACAGGAAAAAGCGACGGUUUUAAGAGGUAUAUUGUUUCACAUUAAUCUGUCUAGAUGUUUUUAGACUGUCGAAAGUGUCUCUUUUUUAUGUCUUGCAUAACGCAUUGCCUCGGAAAGCUUAUGCAUAAAAGAAUCCACCACGGUGUCCGUCUUUCUCCCCUUCUGACUGGUCUGGAAAAGACAAGCUCGAAGAUGACAGCCUUGACCGCCUGAAUCGAGUCUUUGGGAUUUUUUCAUGCAAUUGAUUACACAGUACAGAGUGUUAUUGACUAUUUUGUAAACAAACAGAAAAAAAUGUGGAAAAAAAUGUCUGGAGCCAUUUUCACAGCGGGUGUGGGGUUACUGUGUUUUUUUUUUUUUUUGGUUUUCUAUUUUAAUGUCAAGGGGCAGAGGAGAAUACACGAAGGGUAGACGGAAUCCUCCUCGCGACUUCCUUCGAUAUGAAAGAACGGCUCGUUCUGCUGUUUGUUUGUUCGUUUGACUGUAUGAUGCCAUAUAUUUAUCACCCCCUCCUCACCCCAAACCCAGACCUCCCACAAAACGUCACCAGUUCUUCUGUCUCACUGUGAACGCCUAACAGCCUCUCCUGGACGGACCGAGCGAAGGCGGGAAGCGUACGUGAGCUAGUGAGUACAUAGAGGCAGUUAGAAACGAGAGCCGAUUAUAAAGAGGGAGAGAUAUCUGCCGUCGCUGUGUAGCUUUUCUGCAUUUGCUAAUCGUUUCUCUUUAUUCUUUGCUUUUCUUCCCCACGCGAAGACUCUAGCGGUCUUCCUAUUCAAAAGUCGUAGAGACCGUAGCUUUAGGUAGUGCAGGGGUGGAGGGAUCGAGCGAAAUGCAAGAGGGGGAGACGAGAGAACGAAUCGAACGACCCUCCAUCGUUCGCUCGGUUUCCGAAGCAAAGCCCCGUGACAGAGAAACUUCCAAAAAUCGAACAAACUCUCCCAAUGAUUUCAAUGGAAAAAGUACUACAUCAGGGCUCCUGCAAUACGAAAGAAAAAUAAGAAUAUAUUGCAAUGUUUGUUGUCAAAAUAUAUACAUAUAUAUUUCUAUCUAAAGAUAUAGUAAAUAUAUACGUGGUGAGAGCAGAGAUUUAAAUGCCAUAUCUAAUUGAAACAGAAAAAUUUUAUUUUAAAAAAAGAUUUGAAGACAAUCGCUCAGUGGGGGUGCAGCAGUAAGCGAGGGAGUCGAUCACGAACGGGUAACAAAACUAAGAGAGGUCGAAUAAAAGAACAGCCGAGAGUUAGUUCGGGAGGUCAGUCUUUGAGAUUGGCAUUGGCGCCAUCGCCUAAACCAACUUCCUCUCAGUCAGGCUGUAUUGUAUGUGUGCGUGUGGGGUUAACCACUUCACAGAUGAGAUAUUUAUGGUUGUCGAACACACUCUCUGCUUAGAAACAAUGGAAGUUCGCCAUUGCAACUCCAGCUUCAAGUGUCGUUGGGAUCCAUUCACGGCACGCACCGACGACUAGUUUAAAAUACCCAUAGUGCUUUGAGCUUUUAGUGAAAUUGAGCAUCUGAGCUUGCUACAUUUGAGUUCACAUUACCCCUCCAGACUAGACGCAACAAAUUCUUCAGACUAGGGACAUCGUGUUGGGUUAAAAUUGAGACGUCUCAACGGUUAUAUAUCUUGAGUUUGUUUGUGGCAUAUGGAAAAUACAUGGUUUGAUUGAACAGAUGUUUUAUUGGUGGCUUGGCUAUAAGAUUGUGUGCCCAAAGUUUGUGUAGGGUGAAUUUGAUAACCCAGAUCUAACCCACGGAGUUGCGCAGAAUGUGAACUUUCUAACGCGUUCUAAAAACAGUGAAAGAAGUAUGUCUUAUUGCUGCUCAAAAGCCCACUGACUGGGUAAUUAUUGUUGCCCAGUGCAUUUUGCCAUGAACGUGUUUCAUUAGGAUUAGGCCGAUAUCUAUAUCAGUAUUCAUGCCUGUUCAGGUAAAACAUCUUGUGAACUAUAACACCACCGCCAGAAAGCCCCCAUAUUCCUCGUGCUGACUUAAAAAAUAUUUUUAUGUUGUUGUUGCAUUAUUUAUAAAAAAAAAUGUAUGUAUCCAACUUAGUUUUUGCUAUAUGAUGUUUUAAGUUGAAUAAAUGCAGUUGUGUUGCGCAACGGGGCGGGCCUGUUUAGCCAUUCGAAUCAGGGACCCCCAAGCUCCAACCAAUCACAGGAGAAGCUGUGUGGAUAUUGGGCGGAGUCAGGAACAGAACUCCAUCCCCACAUGCCUGUUUCCCCUCCCACAUUAUCCGAUUAGCCCCUUUUCCUCAACCAACUAAAAGAAUCCUGCUUAUACGUAAGACCUCCCUGUCAGCAGAAUUUCUAAUCUACAAAUAAAGACUCUUGUAUAUAUGAAACUGUUUUGUAUAAAUAAUUACUAUUUUCGACAUCUCCAUUAGCAACCAGGGCACAAUUAUAAGUUUGGGUAAAGGUAUAAAUGUGAGGGGAUUAAAAAGACAAAAUCUAACAAGUAUACUUUACACCUUGAUUUUUGAAUGGGGCACAUAAACACAGACCUGAAGAUGUCUGGUGUUUGAUUUGAUUUUGAUUUGUUUCCUUUUUAUAAUUUGUCUUAUAUUCAUUUAUGUUGUUGGUUGUUUUGUUUGUUUUUACUUUCGUUUCUACCUUUUUGGUUAACUUGAAGAAAAAUGGCAUUGCAUGCUCUGAAUAUUUUGCUGGUUAUUAAAAGAAAAUGAAAAAGGAGACAAAUGACUAAAAGGGAAAAAAGUUUAAACAUGUGGAGGGAUUACUAAACUUUUAUGGAAAAGUUGCUUCAAUUUGCAAUUGCUUGUGUUUAAAUAUACCGUUUUUUUCUAUGAAAACUAAGAAAAAAAAACAGAAAAAGAGUACUCCAACACCUUGUGCAAUAAAGCUAUCUUUCUAUGAA